GCUCCGACUACCUUUGCCCGGAAAUGGAGGGCAGCCCUGCAGACCAUUCAGCCAAGGUCCUGGUGCCAGUUGUCUACCUGCUGGUCUUCCUGCUGGGGGGUCUGGGCAACCUGCUGGUAAUGGUGAUCCUGUGGGGCUAUCGGCGCACCAGGAGCUCCACGGAGGUCUUCCUCCUCCACUUGGCUCUGGCCAACCUCCUCCUCGUGCUGACCUUUCCCUUUGGCGUGGCGGAGAGCCUGGCUGGCUGGGUCUUCGGCACCUUUCUUUGCAAAGUCCUCAGUGCCACCAACAGGAUCAACUUCUACAGCAGUAGCCUCUUGCUGAGCUGCGUCAGUGUGGACCGCUACCUGGCCGUCGUCCACGCACUGCGGACCUUCCAGAGGCAGCGGUCCCUCUCCGUCCAUGUGACCUGCCUGGCGGUGUGGGCCCUUUCCUUGCUCCUGACCAUGCCUGACCUGCUCUUCACCGAGGUCUGGGCAGAGAGCAGCAACCUUACUAUCUGCUACUUCAAGAAGUAUGGGGCCCACGGCAUCAAUGCGUGGCUGGCGACACGCUUCCUCUACCACAUUGUGGGCUUCUUCCUGCCCUCGGCGGUCAUGGGCUUUUGCUACACAGCCAUCGUGAGGGCCCUCUGCCGCUCCCAGCGCCUCCAGCAGCAGAAGGCCGUCAAAGUGGCCAUUCUGGUCACCUGUGUCUUCCUGCUCUGCUGGACUCCCUUCCACGUGGUCAUCUUCUGGGACACGCUCACCAAGCUGGAGGCCAGGAGGUGCAUGCAAGGGCAGGGGCUGGGCAUGGCCAUCGUGGUGACAGAGCUGCUGGGCUUCAGCCACUGCUGCCUCAACCCCAUCCUCUAUGCUUUUGUGGGCGUCAGGUACCGCCAUGACGCUUGCCGGGUCCUGCAUGACUUGGGCUGCCUGAGCCAAAACACCUUGCAGGGAAUCCUUGGCUCGCGGGGGACAGAGAGCACCACAGAGACCACCGUCUCCAUUGGCCGGCACCCAGCCUCUCCCUGCGCCAUGAAUCUCUUGGCCCCAUCUUCAGGCUCCCCUGCUCCCUCCUCGCCUUCUCCCCAAGUAGCCACUAGCCAAUGGCUCCGAGAGGAAGCCCCAGACUCUGCUUAGGCUGAGACGGUGGCCCAGCAAGAUGGAGUAGGAGCCAGCCUCGUCCAAUGAGCCAGAUGCCACCUUCUCGAGAGCCAGAGUCUCCUAUGCUCCUUGGGUGCGGGGAAGAUAUUCCUGCUACAUUGGCUCAUAGCCUGUGCUUAAAGGUGGUUUAGGGACCUGCUCUUGCUCAUGGCCAACAGAGUUCUUACUCCUCAGUGCCCUUUACCUUAGCCACAAAGGCCUGGAGAAUCGCCAGCGGCAAUGCAACCUGCCCCUCUCUCCCUUGCCCACUUGCCCUCUCUGUCCUGGGCAGCCCCAUGCCCUAGAACAAGGGUUCCCAAACUCUGGUCCUCCAGAUGUUUUGGACUUCAGUUCCCAGAAGCCCCAGCCAGCUUGUUUAACAGUCAGGAAUUCUGGGAGCUGAAGUCAAAAACAUCAGGAGUGGCAAAGUUUGGGAGCCGCUGCUCUAGAACAAGACUCUCCAACUGUCCAACUUGGCAGUCACAGACCGGGUUACUCUUCUGCCCCAUUUUUUUCGGUCCUACUUUUAAAAUGCCCUGGUUUCUCUUCCCAUCUCCCACUUUUUCCUUUGUCCUCAUUAUACUUCCAUUGCUGCAAAAGGAGUUCAGAUGCACCCAGUUGACUUGGCAAGAAGGGAGAGGUGAGGAGGACGCUCAGCCAUGGGUAAAUCCAGUACAUAAAUCCCAGGGCAGCUCUCUUAAAAGAGUAAUUCUGUAUGUUCCUCCUCAUUAAUGUUUAUCCUGUUCUUGCCGGGCCACAAUGCUUGUGCAAGAGUAGCUCUGGGGACCGAGUUCAAGAUGAAGAGAGCCAAAAGGGUACUUGACACACUGAAGUGCCCCUCCCCAGCAAGAAAAUUAUCAUCCUCAAUUAGGUAUUUUGCAUUUCAGAACUUCUUGGGCUUUUGCAAAUAAAAUAAAAUUGGAAACAGACUACUUUGUGCAAAAUGCAAUGCUUUCUAUGCAGAGUGAUCCUUAAAUGUGAACGUGUUGCAAAAAAAGGGGAGGGGGACUCAUAAUGUUUCUGAGUGGUGGAGAAAGACUUUUUGAAAUUAUUUGUUUAUGUACAUAAGAACAAAAUGAGCAAUUUUUUACAUCUCCAAAGGCAAGCAACCUGCUCAGGGAUUGGGGAUUUUUCUUUUGGGAAAUUUCCUGAUGCUCUAUUUUUCCAUGGAACUUUCCACACCAUAGAUAUGCAUUUAUUCCUAGUUCUCUGGGCUGCUGUACUUCAGUCACUUGUUCAGUCUAAUGAGUUAAAUACAAGCAUCUAGUCAUUAUACUAAGAAGUCAAGUUCCCCUGAUGCUCAGAGGAACAGAGGAACAAUUGCUCAGCUCAGCUUGUUUCUGUUUUGUGAAACCUUUCGUUUUUCCAUCAGUCACAAGUACAUGACAAAAGUUGCCUGUGCCUCAUAUCCAGCCUUUUUAGUGAAACAGGAUGUUAAAAACCAGUUGCACCGAGUCAGCUUUCUCUUUGCUUCAAAUGGAAGAAGUAGCACAGAAGUCAGACUUCAGCUAUACUUCAGCAAAGGAAAGUUGUAACUGGUGUCGCCAUAUGACCGGCCAGGAAAAGCUCCCUUCAGGCAUUUUUCCCUUUUCCAAAAAGAGUGUUCUUUCAUCUGUAACCUUGAUGGCUUUUAGCUUUUAACAAUAAACUUUCAACUGUAACCUUUUUGUUGUUGUUGUUAAAUAGAAGGGCAUAUGCUAUUCUCUUUACAAGAUUUCAAUUAUUCCAAUAAAACAAA